UAAAAAUAAAAUGGAAUAAAAGAACGUUUAUAAAAACACUAUCGAAAGAAAAGACAACUUAGUGAAGAAAUUUAGAAUGAAAAGAGACAGCGUACUCGCUCGCGUGGCAACCGGAGCCGCCGUUGGCGGUGCUAUCGGCGGCGCCGUUGGUGCCGUAUAUGGAACUUAUGAUGCAAUUAGGUAUAAGGUUCCGGGAUUCCUUAAGAUUAGGCAUAUUGGACAGACCACUCUAGGAAGUGCAGCUGUAUUUAGCUUGUUCCUUGCAGCAGGAACUUUAAUACGUUCUCACUAGUUUCUCUUGUAUUAAGAUUGUGCAGUCAUGGUGAUGAGUUUUCUUUAAUUGUUGCGUUGUUAACCUUAUACGGUGUAGUCUUGCGUGUCACCAAACUAAACUAUUAUGCUGCUGCAUUAUUUUUUCUGCAAUAAAUUUUAGACUUUUAUUUGCUGGGUAAUAAUUAUGUUAGACUUUUA